AUGGGCGCCUCACUGUCCAUUUCGAGCCUCUUCGGCAAACUCUUCGGGUCCAAGGAAGUGCGCAUUCUGAUGCUCGGUCUCGACGCCGCUGGCAAGACCACCAUCCUCUACAAGCUCAAGCUCAACCAGACGAUGACCACCAUUCCGACCGUCGGAUUCAACGUCGAGACUUUUACGUACAGGAACAUCAAGUUCAACAUGUGGGACGUCGGUGGACAGGACAAGAUUCGCCCACUGUGGAGGCAUUACUACAGCGGCACACAGGGUCUCGUAUUCGUGGUGGACUCGUCAGACCACAACCGGAUCGAUGAGGCCAAGACCGAAUUGCACCGCAUCCUGAACGACCUGGAAAUGUCCGACUGCCUCUUGCUGGUGUUUGCGAACAAGCAGGAUAUCAAAGGCGCUAUGGACCCGCAAACAAUCACUACAAAACUCGAACUCUCCAAGCUCAAGGAGCGGCCGUGGUUCGUCCAGCCAGCCAUCGCCACCGAGGGCGAGGGCCUGACGGAGGGCUUCGGUUGGCUGUCGGACAACAUCAAGAAGACGCCCAAGUACGGCGGCGGUGGGAAAUGA